AUGAGCAUCAGUACUCCACAAGCCAAAUAUGAUUCAUUUAUCAAUAGUGGAAGUAAAUUGAAAAAAGAUUUGUUGGAAUGCGACUCUCUUGAACGUUUGAAGACAUUAAGGACACAGACCUUUGAUCUCCAGAAAGAAAUUGAAUUUGAACUUUCUUCUCUUGCAUCCUUUGAAAAGAGAAGGUGCUUGGAUCUUUUAAGUUCUUUGCAAAAAUACUUAGAGGUUAAAUUUAACCUGUUAAAUGUUGAGAGAUUUGAAUUUCAUGGAGAACCAAUUGCUAAUCAAAAAUUGAAGUUGCAAGCUUCUACAAAUACCUCAGAUGAUCUGGCAGUCAUGAAACCUUGUAUUUCUGAUAUCAAUUACUCAAAAAAAGUAAUUGACUCAUCCGAGAGCCAUGCACUAGUUACCAGAUUCCUGAAUUGCAUAAUAUUAACAAAAGAAUCGAUUUCAUCUAUUAAUAUAAGAAAGGGCUCUGACUCUGUCAUCUAUCUUAAUUGUGAUGGUCCCAUAUUUGCUCAUGAUUUGGAAAACUGUGUUCUCAUUUUAGAUUGUCAUCAACUUAGACUUCAUAAUAUUCAAAGCUGCACUAUUCUACCAAUUGUGUCCAACAACCGAGUAGUCAUAGAAAAAUGUCAUAGUUUAAAGUUUGUUAAUCUAAAUGAUGGAACCUCUCCUUUGGUUGAUGAUUUCAGUUGUCCCUCUAAGGAAAUUGUGAAUAAAAACUACGCAUUCAUUGAAAGAAAUAAUUUGAUGGACUACAACUGGAUAUUCAAGUUAGAGGAAGGACAAUUAUGUUCAAAUCUGCAAAAAACAUUAGCUGAUUAUUUGGAUAUCAACGCAGCGUAG